AUGUUAAAGAAAUUCAGCCCCUUUUCGUUCUUGGGUUCACAAAAGAGAUACACUACAAGUGAACAUAAAAUUUUUGACAAGAUAAAAAAUUCAAUUAAGAGUCCUAAGAAUUCAAGACAUUCAUAUAAUGAGAAAGAUAAAAUUGAACUAAUAAAUAUUGAUAAUGAAAUUAUAAAUAAAGGAAAUAUUUCUUUUAAGUGUGAAUUAAUAAAUGAAGAUAUCACAAAAAAUUCUAAUAAAAAAGAUAAUAUUGAUGAAAUGAUAAAUGCUAAUAUAUAUGAUAAUCAUUUUAAUAUAAAUAAUAAAUAUAAUAAUGUAAUGUCUAAUGAUAAUAUAGAUAUAAAAUGUUUUAUUCGAGAAACUAUUGAUUACUAUAAAUCUUUACAAUUAAAAAAAAAACAAGAUCAUUUAAAUGUAUUCAAUGAGAAAAAAACAGAGUAUUCAAAUAUGAAAGAAGAUCAUAAUAAAAAUGAAAUAAUAAAUAAAAAAAUACAAGAUAAUAAUUUUAUUCUGGAUAAUAAAAAUGUUCAGAAUGGUGUAUAUAAUGAUAUUCAUUAUAAUAAUUAUAAUAGUAACAAAUAUAAAGAUAAUUCAAAUAGUCAAAAUAGUACAUAUGGUCAAACGUAUGAGUCCUAUAAUUUUUUAACUCCAGCACAGGUUUUUUUUGAAAAUAAUAAAGAAAAGCUCAUUCAAGAAAGCUAUAAAUAUUAUAAAGAAAGAGAAAAUAAUAUAAAUAAAGAUGAUUAUGUUUAUGAUGAAAAUGAAGAUUAUUAUAACUAUGCAAACAUGAAAAACCCUGUAAUAAGACCAAAUGAUAAAGAAGGUUUUUUAUUUAACUAUGAAGAUGAUGAUAAUAAUAAUAAUAAUAAUAAUAAUGAUGAUGAUGAAGAUAUGACAUUAGAAAAAGGUAUUAUGCCUACGAUUGAACAAAUUAUAUGUAUAUUAAAACAUGAAAAAGUAAAAGAUAUUAAAGUUAUAGACCUUGAUAAAUGUGGAAGAAGAGAUAUAGGUAUGUUUUUAAUAUUAUGUACAGGUAAUACAGCUAAACAUAAUAAAAAAGUAGGAAAAUUAAUAAGUAAAAUAUUUAUAGAUUUAGAAAUACCAUAUAUAUCUAAUGUAGUUUAUUGUUAUUGUAAUAAAUUUGAUGAAUGGAUAAUAACACAUUGUGGUCCUCUUAAAAUACAUAUUCUUACAGAAGAAUUAAGAAAUUUAUAUGAUAUAGAAAAUUUAUUUUUAUAUCCACAUGAACAUUUUGAUAAUACUAAUUUUCCUUCCUUUUUUGAUUACACACCUGGCAUACCACCUCCAUAUCUGGUGAGGAGUAAUGCUUCAAUGGAUUCUUAUAAAAAUGAUGACAUAUACAAUAAAUUCUUAACACAAAAAUGA